AUGAACACCACAAAGGAAGAAGCAAGAAGCCAGAAGCGAAGAGGAACACAAGAAGAAGCACCCCAUGCUUCUGUCAAGUUCUCAGAGUUCUCCAAGAAGUGCUCACAGGGGUGGAAGGCCAAGCCUGCUAAAGAAAAGGGGAAAUUUGAAGAUAUGUCAAAGGCUGACAUAGCUCAUUAUGAAAGAGGAAUGAAAACCUACAUACCCCCCACCCCCACCCCCAAAAAAGAGUUCAAAGACCCCAGUGUACCCAAGAGGCCUCCUUCGGCCUUCUUCUUCUUCUGUUCUGAGCACUGCCUCCAAAUCAAAGGCGAGCAUCCUGGCUUAUCCAUUGGUGAUGUUGUAAAGAAACUGGGAGAGAUGUUGAACAGCACUGCAGUGAAUGGCAGGCAGCCCUACAAGAAGGCUGCCAAGCUGAGGGAGAAGUACAAGGAAAAUAUUGCUGCCUGCAGAGCUAAGGGAAUACCUGAUGCAGCAAGAAAGGGGUGGUCAAGAUGAGAAGAGCAAGGAAAAAAAAAGAAGGAAGAGGAAGAGGAGGAUGAGGAUGAAGAGGAUGAGGAAGAAGAAGAAGAAGAAGAAGAAGAAGAAGAAGAAGAAGAAGAAGAA